ACUAGUGCAUUUAUCGAUCAAUUUCAUUUUUAACAUGAUUUUAAAGACUUGCUAUUUAUGGAUCGGUUAUUUGACUUCUAGUAGUAAAUACAUAAGCGUCUAUAUUUAUUUACACCUAAGCGAAAGUGUGGGUUUACUCCUAGCAUAUAUAGAAAAGGAUUUAGACUACCGAUUCAAAAGGACGUAACAACUCGAUAAAUACACUUUUACAUAAACAUUUUAUUAUUUAACGUUGUGCGAAAGACUUAUUAUCAGAAAUAUACUAAACUAAUAAUACAGAAAAUUAUAAGAUGACAGCGGAAUCAUGCACUUUUUUGUUUAUGUUGCUUGGUGGAUUUAUAUUUUUAUUUGGAAAAUGUAUUCUCCUGUUCGCUCCUGAGAUAUAUCACCACGAGUUUAACCAAACAUCCAUCAUGCGCGCCUCCUUCCUAGGUGCCACAAAUCAAACGAACUGUGAGAGGCGACGUAAGCUUUAUAUUACUCCAAUUGAGGCAAAACAUGCUGAUUUUGAUGAACAUUUCUGCGCUCAUAGUGAAGAGCUAGACUAUCCACCCGUGGCACGUACCAUUGUAUGGAGCAACUUCAUUCCGCCGGCGAUCUGCGUUAUAGUCGUGUGCUUUACGCUUUGCAACAAUAGGUCAAGGAUCGGUCCGUGUACAUACUUGGUUUCCGUGAUGUGUAUGGUUAUAAGUGAUACAAUCCUGUUUAUCAACUGCAUACUUUUUGUUACAUUGGUUGGGCCUGCUGUUGGUUUCAAAGCUUCCGAACUUACAUUGAAUUUUUACAUGCUCGCAGUUGUAUCCGGACUUCUACCAUCAUUGGGUUUGAAAUUUUUAUUUGUUCGAUGUCGAAUGUCUGUCAAUGACGGUGCCAGUCAUGCUACCGAACCCCCACUCAAUCGGCGUUCGAUGAGACCAUCAGAAGCGAUUCCGUUACAGAGCUAGAUACCAGAGCCGUAUACUAUUACUGUGGUCUAAAUCGGAAGCAAACGUCAAUACAUUAUACUACGUAUGAAUUGUACAACACAAAAUAUAAAUUCUAAAUACCAUAAAAUAAAUCAAAAACAAAAACAAUGAAGUACGAAAAUAAAAUUGCAACUGGCGUCCUCGCUUACAGCCGUGGGAAUCACAUGCAAGAAAACAGUUUCAUGUUUCCAGAUUGCAUAGUUUGGUAAUUGAAUAAUGUGCGUUGGUUUAAUCACGUUUUCUAACAUGUUUUGUUAUAGCAUUAUAAUUUAAAAUAAUUGUUAUUGAAUUAUAGUUAACUUUUUAACUGUAUGAACAUGUUAUUUCAAUUGAAUCGUUAAAGGUUAUGUUAUGUAAUAUACCUAGAAAUUAAAGUACACCGCCACGCUAUGUUAUUUUGUCUUUAACAAUAAUUUUUGGGGCUUCUUUUUGAAGUGCAUGGUUAUAGGGUGAAUACGUUGCCAUGUGAUGCUAUGUCUAUAAAACUCUUUAAUAAAAGGCGAGAUAUAUUGUA